GUUUGAAUUGUGUGUGUUUUCGUUGUGUGUGUGUGUGUGUGUAUGGAGGCGGCGGACGUGGCGAAGUCGGCCCGGGCAGGCCGGCGAGGCCCUCCGUGGGGCAGCGGGCGGCUGGUUCCCCGGAGCGGUGGGCACCUCUGCGACUGGAGGCUGCCGGAGCGAGUCGACCACACAUCGGGGCCGAACGAGAUUUGUGAAGCUGCAGCCUCGGUAACUCUGUAACCAUUUGGCUAAAUAGCGCCUGGGCUCAAGCGUCACUUCGCGCUGAAUGCGCUCAGGCCAGAGUCUGCAGCCGCACAAUGAUCCGUGGCUUCUUCUUUUUUGUGUUCAUUUUCCGGAUUACUGCUGAUUCUUGUUCGUCAUCCGAGGACUGCGAAUACAACGGUGCGUGUAUUUCGUCGGUGUGCCAUUGUGCUCCGCAAUGGCAGGGACCCAGCUGCGGCGAGCUCAACCUGCUGCCAGCUCCUCGCAAGGGGGGGCUUCACUUACCCAACCAGUCCACUUGGGGUGGAUCUGUGAUCAGGGACCCGCAUCGCGAGAGCCUCUACCACAUGUUUGCGUCACGCAUCGCUGGCACCGGCUGUGACAUCAGGGCCUGGUCGCCCAACUCAGAGAUCGUCCGAGCUACGAGCACGAAUCCUCUGGGUCCGUUCAGGGUGGUCGAAACUGUCCUUCACUCCUUCGCACAUGGACCGACCAUCCACCAGACCAGUGACGGGUACCUGCUUUUUCAUAUAGGGUGCGGCCGGCUGCACGGCCGUGCACUGCAGAAUUGCAGCCGCAGUGGCGAAGCGGAGCUGAUGGCAGCCGAAGCCUCGGUGCGGGCCAAGAUGAGCUCCGAUGUCCAGGAACCUUGCAAUAGUGACUGGAUAGCUGUUUCACAUGCGCCUUCCUUGGAAGGCCCCUGGAAUCAAGUCGGGCCGCUUGUUGAUGCUAGCAACUGGACUUGGUUUGGCCGCGGGGUGACCAACCCAGCCCCACUGGUGUACGCCAAUGGUAGUGUAUUGCUGCUUUAUCGCGGCCACCGGCCAGAAAAGCUCGGUGCUUCUCUUGCGCCCAGGUGGGAUGGGGUGUACCAUACGGUGGGAAAGGUUCCGCUCUUUCAAGAUGGCGAUGAGGACCCUUUUCUUUGGCAGGCAGCUGAUGGCAUCAUUCAUGGUGUGACGCAUUGGAUGGGGCAGUCCAGCGGCGCGGGCGGAGGCGGUAGGCACAUAUGGAGUGCAGAUGGCCUGGCCUGGCGUGUCUCCAAUACUCUCGCAUUCCACACCCAGGUGACCUGGGACGACGGCGUCGUCGAACAGGUCACUUGCAGAGAGCGUCCGCAAAUCCUCACCGAUGCAUCCUCUGGCCUACCUCUGGUGCUUUACAAUGGCGUUCAGCCGACUGGCCCCCAUCUUCGGGGUAGCACUUUCACAAUGGCUCAAGAGAUUUGCCAGGUUGCCUCCUGUUCGAAGGCCCCAGCCACGCUAGAUGUUUGGAUUUGAGGCGUGCAUGCGAGACUUUGCCAGCAACACAUUUGUCCGCGAGCGGGCAACUCUGUAUGCGUAGCAAUACCUCCUGGGACAAAAAACGUGAAUCAUCUUAACAGUCUCGAGCCAUGCAUGACGAAUGACGCGUCUUGGAGUCUUGGCGUCCAGAUGGGUGCGCG